AUGAAGGGAUGGCAGCAGCGAACGGCCCACAAUUCCCGGCAGAAGAGAGCGUCGCUCUUCUUACUCUUUCCUGGUCCUCUUUCGUCUUCCUCGAAGACAGCGAGUUUCGCGCCGUCUGCUGAGACACCGGCAUGUCUGAAAAUACACUCUUCUCGCCACCGACCCUGCCGCUCGACCUCCGUUCUUCUGUCUCCCUCCCCUUCUGCUGCUUCUUCACCGCCGAAGCAACUGAGUCGCACGGAGACAAAACAUAGAGAGUUGGCCAGAGAGAGAAAGACCGGCAAGUCAGCAGCAGACAAGGAAACAGUCUCGAGCGCAGCAGAGGGGAAACUCUGCUCUGAGGUAGUGCCUGCUUUGUGCGACAACGCUUGUUCUUCUUCUCCGCCUUCUCCUCUCUCGCCCCGCGUCUCAUGUUCUCUCACUUCCUCUCGUUUGCAUGCGUUGCGUCGCGAGUCUGUUCCUUGCUUCUCCGUUCCGUCGUUCUGUUCUUCCUCUUCUUCGGCCGGAGGUCGUCCGGCGCUCUUCCCUCUUCCUCCGGAGCCUGUCGAGCGUCUCUCCUCCUCACUGCCUCGUCCGUUCCGCGUCGAAACACUGUGGCAGGUCUCGCCUGCGUCGCUCCCGAAUCUGGCGCGGGCUGCUGCGCUCGCCACCGAGGACGAGCAGUUGACAUGUCUGGAGCGAAGGAUCUCAGAGACUACUGGCGAGGCGGCAGAAGCAGAAACAUGCUUUCUGCAGAGAGCAGCGGAAGCAGACGCCGAGGGAGACGAAGAGAAAGGGUGGAGGUUCACGGAACAAGGAGAGCAGGAAGAGGCGAGGACAAGGCACCGCGACAGUUCAGGCGCUGUGGAAAGUGGAGACGCCUUGGAUGUCAGGUCCCCUGUAGCGCUGAGCGGCUUGUGCCUGACUUCUCCACCCUUGCCGUCGACGUCUUCGGUCUCGGCGUUUCCCCCGUCGCGUCUCGCGUUGCUGAGAGCGAAAGGCGUCCUGCCCUCCCUCGCGUUCUGGAAAUGCAUGCGGAGACGCGUGGAGAUGUGCGAUGACCUUCUCUCGAGUUCACACAUCGCUUCGCUUCUUCUCGCCGUCUCCAAGGCUUCACCGGCUCAGCCGGCCUUUGUAGACUUCCUUUUUGCAGAGCUCUCUCACCGAGCAUCUCUCUUUCUUUCACUCUCUUCCUCGCCUCUCUCUUCCUCGCCUCUCUCUUCUCCUCCUCGCGCUUCGCGUUUCGUUUGCCCGGCCUCCACCGAGGCGAAAGCGUUUCUGCCUCCGCCACUGGCGAUUUCCAUUCUCAAUUUAACUUUGCGGCGCAUGUCGGCUGAUCGUGAGGCGGCGGAAGAAGCUCCGAAAGCGCGAAUCGAGUUUCAGAGAGAGGACGGCGACAGUGUGCAUGAGGGACGGCGAAACAGUCUUCCUGAAUCGCUGCCUCCCGGCUACGAAAGCGUUUUGAUGAAGGCGCUCCUUGUCGUGCUCAGCCGAAACUGUUCCGUUUUCUCUUCUUCUUCUUCGUCGUCUUCUGACUCUUUGGCCUGGACUUGUCCUUCUUCUCCCUUUCCUUCUGCUGCGUCUUCUCCCUCUGCUUCUACUGCUUCUUCCCUUUCUUCUUGUUCUUCUUCGCCUGCUUCUGUUGUUGCCAGCCUGUCUUCCCCAGAGUCCUUCUGUGCCUCGGACGCGACGCCUGCGGAGCGAAAGGUGAGAAGCUCCCGAUCUCUGGACGCAGCUCUUCUCCUUGCCAGUGCCAUCGCGCGCUACGCUCACCUCGCAAGGAAAGGCGACCUUUCUCCUUUUUCUUCUUCUCUUCCUUCUCCUUCCUCUUGUGCUUCCCCUUCUGCUUGUUCAUCGCGAUCAUCUCGGAGCGUCGACCUUGUGAAUUGGGGGAUUUUGUGGGAAGACGCGCUUCUGCCUCUCCUCCAUUCGUCGCUUCCCCAGAUGUCCCUGAAGCAAACGAUUUCUCUCUGCCAUUCCCUCAGUCGCAUGAGUCACCAUCCGUUCUUCUUCUUCCCUCCCUCGUCUUCGCUUCGAGGUGAAACGCUUCCCCAGCCUUCUGGAGACGCCGCGUCAACCUACACUCGCGACCUUCCGUCUCCGUGCUCUCCUUCUUCUCUGUUGCGUCUCACGCUUGCGCGGCUUCUGCAACUCCUUCAGGAAACACCCCCCCGAAGUAGACAGGCAUUCGAUCACAAGUGCAGAGCUGCCGAAAGAAAGGAAGGCACUGGAGGCGCGCGUGACGAAGCUGCGGAGCUUUCUUCGUCUCUCCAAGAGAACUCUUUUCCUACCUCAGCACAAUCUACUACUUCAGCCGACAAGCCCAAAGAUGCCUCCUCUGAUGAGGGAGAAUUCGUCUCGCCGGUGUCUUCCUCUCCGUCUAACUUCCUCUUCCCUUCUUCGUCUCCUUCUUCUCUUCCUUCGUCUUCCUCUGCGCGUCAGUCUGUGACUGAUCUGCGGCUUGGGUCGAUGAUGAACGACGUCCUUGAUCCUAAGAGUCUUUCGUAUGCUUUCCAUUCUGUGUUUCUCCUCGAUCACGCUGUCCACGUUCACUUGACUCUCCAAGCGUCUUCUCUCUCGCCUUCUCCCUCCGUUUCUGCGCAGAUGCGUUCAUCUUUCUUUACCGACUGUGUCGCUCCUCAGCUUCCUCACCUUCUUCAGUCUCUCAUGCCGUUCCUCUCAUCGACUCCACUUUUGACCUCUCCUCCUUCGUCUCCCUCUUCUUCGUCGUCUUCUUCAAACUCUUCUUCCUCUGCGUCUUUGUCUUCUUCCUCGUCUUCUCUUUCUUCUUCCUCGGCAGCGGUUCCUAGGGUCCGCCUUGAUGUUAAUGUUGAGUCGAAGUCUUCUUCUGUCUCGCGUUUCUUCACCCCCCGGUUUUCGUCUUUGUCUGAGCUUCUUCGCGUGUGUCUGCCUCUCCUCACUCGUCAGUUGCUGGCAGUCCCUGCGGUCUCUUCUCUGCUUCUUCUUCACCUUUCUCGUCACGUCUCUUCGCUCUUCCCUCCGUCUUGUCUCAACACAGACGAUCCGUCUCUGGUCGAGUUGAAGCGAGAAGAAGAGGCUCGCGAAACUCCGGGGAAACUUAGUUUGCAGCAGCGACACGAUCGACGCCUUUACCUUUUUCUCCUCUCUUCGCUAGUCACUCAACAUCCUUCCCUCUCCGUCGCUCGCGAGACCGUGGCGUCGCAUCUUCUCCCUUCGCUUCUGUCUGCGGACUCGAAUACUCUCGAGACGGUGCCAGAAUUCGGCGUCUCUUCCACUCUCACCUCUUCGCCUGACGCUCCGUCCGGUGUCUUCUCACCCCAGCGGCGCGCGACUGCUGGGUCGCUGGACGAAUUUGACGCUGUCGAGGACGCGCGCAUUUUUCUCCAACUCGAGAAGCUAGCUCGAGAAGAAAGCGAGGAGACAGCGAGCGCCUUUUCUUCUUCGCCUGCAGCGAAACACCGACAGACCUCAGGGGAUUCCACGUCUUCUCCUUUUGCUCCCUCGCUCCCCUCGACCCGGCUUUCUUUUUCUUCUGCUGCGUCUUCUUCCAGUCCCAGCUCUUCGCCUGUUUUAGCGUUCGACGCCUCCUCCGUACCUCUGCAACGCAGCGUCCGUGGAUCGCUUCGCCUGGUCGUCUCUCCUCUGCUGUCGUCGCUGGCCUCUCUGUCGCCCUCGGAGUUGCUGCAAGCGUCUCAACUCGUUGUGGCGAGCGCUUCGCUGCGCCACCCGGUCUCGCUUGUGUCGCACCUUCUGGGAAACUUGACAGAGCGCGUGCAUGCAAUGCAUGCAAUGCAUGCAACGCAUGCAAGCAGAGCGACCUCGCGCCUGUCUGAGGACGCUGCUUCGCUUCGUAGACCUUCGGGAGGGCCAGCAGGCGCUCGCGCGGGAGAAGGGCAAAGUGCAUCGUUCACUCUGAAGGACCUCGGCGCUGUCGCGACUGUAGGUGCUCAACUGACUCAAAUGAAGAGUGGAAGACAGGGCGAAGACCGCAUUCAGGGGGGAAGCCUGAAAGACAUGAAAGGAAAGACGAAACAGGAAAUCCAAGUUGCUCUCCAGCAACAGUUCCGCUGUCUCCUCGCAGCCGUCGCAGAGGCGGCCGAAGCCGCUCUCUCAAAGGCAGAAGAAGAGGAAGAAAAGGAAGACGAAGAUGACGAGGGAAGAACGUGGAUGGACGCGACUGUCGAGGGGAGAGAGGAUCUGUUUGUUCAGGAACAGGACGAUGGCGAACUCGGAGAAACUCCUCCACCUGGCUUGGGUGGUGUACUUGGGGAAGAAGACGGACUUCAUGCGUUUGAAGAUGAAUUUGGAGGCAGCAUGCUCGAUGGUCGAGUAGAACGCCCAAGUGCGAGAGCAGGAGAAGAAGAAAAGGUACGGACGGAACGAGCGAAACAAGAAGAACGAAAUCUGCUGAAUGAUCCUGAAGCUUUGCUUGAGCUCGUGGCUGUUCUCGAUGUCGCUGGGCUAUCGCGUCCGCUUCUCGCGAGUCUUGUGGAGAGACGAAUUCUUUCCUAUCCGAAAUUUCGGGAGAUCUUCGGAAUUGAUUCUUCGUCGCGUGAUGACGAAAAGGCCGCCGAGGCUAGGAAGGCCCCCGGACGACGACGCGGCAAAAAACCGCCAAGACAGAAGUUCGAAAGCGCCGACGGAAGUCCAGAGGCGGCUCGCAACCCAACGUCGACUUCCUCUGCGUUUCUCCAUGCUCAUUUCGAUGACGUUCUUCACCUUCUCCACUUCCUCGCCGAUUCCGGGCAUGUGCCUGCGUCGCCAGAUUCUUCCCUCUUCUUCUACCUUCUCCCAGCUGUCUGUACACGCCAGCUGCUUUCCUCACUGUCGGUUGAUUUGCUGCUGUGCGCUCUGGACAUGCUUCGCCGCCUCCUGAGACACAGAGACCCCUCAGGGGAGUUGUCGAGCUUAUCGGCUUCUCGCGAACGAAAAGACGGGGAAGCGAAACGCAUUCAGAGGCACGGGCAGAGCGGCGAGGCUCGGACGACGGAGUUGCAGAACGGGUCGCAUUCCCCAGAAGUCACGCGACAAGCGGAACGGUUGCUUUUCGCGAUUCAGAAGUUCUGUCUGACAAAGUCGUUCCUCGGAUCGUUGCGAAACGGGGAACUUCUCCUCGUCGAAGAAGUUCUGCGAGAGUUGGGCGAAAGAAAUUUGCAAGUCGAGGAAGAACGCACGCAAAGACAACUGCCGGAACCAGCGCCCAAACGCAUGCAUGUGGCUGGUGCAUUAUGA